AUGCACACAUCUGUAUUGAUCACCUUCAUCUGCCUUUUAGGCAUCCGAGGUUAGUUAUGUGCUCAUCGUUAAAGCAAGGGUGUGUUCCGCAUUCACAGACUUAAAACUGUCUAACACAUUUGUCCUGCAUGAGAUUUGACAGUGCCUAAAAAUACUUUCUCCAGCAUAUCUUUAGUGGUUGCUUAUCUGCAAAUUACAUGCAUAGACAAACGGCGAGGCCCAAAGGUACUUUUCUGGAGGCGGGUUUUACAUAUAACAUUUGCGCAUUUACUUACCAGGUGCCACCAAACUGAAAAUCUUCUUAAUUCUAAUGGCGUCGUAAUCGAAGACAGUGUUAUAAUCUGGCCAGUACUGUAGAAUUAAUAACAAACUUUUCGAUGGAAAACGUGCAACCAUUGUAAUCCCUUAGCAAGCUUCUAGGAAUAUACGAAAUUUUUGACAGGACAGGAUGCAAUCAGUAAAACUGUUAAUUUCAGAAAACCUCUGUCUCUAAACCUACAUCUUUUUUACCUCUUAGAUAUAUCAUGUGCGCCAAAGUCAGACCCAACGACUUAUAACAUAUCUUCGAAACCAAGUCGACUCACCGUGUUUUGCCCUUUUCUACCCACCGUAAGUACGCUUGACUUGGGAAAUUUCGGAAGAAUUCACAGGUCCAUCUCUGUGCUGCCAAGCCGAAUAGAUAAACCAGUACCAGAUAGGACUUGGUUUGGAUAAGUAUAGUGAAUAACCGAAAGAGCAUUUGCACAUCCAUUCAAGAUGGUUUAUAGCCAUACAAUAAAUAAAACAAGGGCAAAAAUAAAAAACAACGCAAAAACGAUAAAGUUAGCGCCUGUAGAUCAUAAUUUUCACUCUAAGGAAAGACUAGUCAAGGGGUUAAUCAAAUCGGGUGGCUGAUUCCCAAACACAAAUCACUGCGUACUUUGACCUCCGCAUCGCAAUGUUCUUCAGUCGAAAUAAUGUCGCUGUCAAAAAACCAAUUUUUAGGAAACCUUUACUUUUAUUCGUCGUAUCUUUUUACUUGAGUCAAUGAGAACUAAACUAUGCGUCAAAAAACAAAACAACUCUUGUAAUUGUGAACUGUGCACCAAUUUCCCUUAUAAAGGGAAUGUGGAUAAACUUGAUAAGGCGCCGAUAAGCAAGUCACUGAUGUGUUAAUCAGUAAUUGGCUUAUUUUGAGGAUGGUAAUUUAAAUAUUCUGUUCUUUCUAUAAGGAUCUAUAAGGAUGUCGCAUUAAAAACAGUGCAUAUUUUAAGGAACACUGGUCAUGCUGCCAUUAAAUGUCCUUUGCGCUCAAAUUUGUCUGUUGAAGAGAGCUAGACGAUAUUAAACCAAGUAAAAGUUUUUGCGAACCCCCCAACGACAGCAGUAUCGGUCCGCAUUCGACCACUUUUCGCCUGACCCCGAUUUAUGCGUAAUGUUUCAUGAACUCUCCCCAAUAACGGAGGUUUUCCUUAUAUGGAAACUGUACAGUUUUUUGUUUGGAAGCCUUGAACACAGGUACAACUGCAGGUUGGCCUCAAGCGUAUACGGGAAUUUAAAAACGACCGAAAUGGGCAUGAAAUUGCAUUUUAUACAUGUUUUGUGUGGAGUAAAUUGAUUGCCUUUUGAUGGACAAUAACUGUAUUCCGUUGCAUUCAUAUUUUAGUGCAACUUCAUCUUCUAUACGAAACUGCUUAAUACUCAAAAAGAAAGACCUCUGCAAAUCUAUUAAAGAGAGCACUUGCGAUCUCGUUAGACUAGAUUUCUCCUGGUAUCGCCACAUGCGUAGUGAUUUUAAAUUAAUGGCCUGGCGAAACAGGAAGAAGACCCCGUAGGUCGAGAUAAAAUUCCAGCGUAGAGUAACGCGUACAUGCAAAAAAUAAGCUCCAUAGACGCCAAUUACACUGUCAUCGCCCACCAAAUUAAGUAAGAUAUUAUAUAUAGGUAUUAUUUAUUGAGUUUCAGUAAAUUUUAAUCAAGACCUUUGUUACGCGUUUGCUAAGCUCGUUUUCGAGCAAUAAACAUUAGUAUGAAAAAACAGGCCCCUUCCAAACUAAAGUUAUAAUUGAAAAGUUGAUUUCUGAGAAGUUGACUGACCAAACAAAUUGCUCUCUGACAACAAACAAUUUCAAUCUAGACUUAGGCUUCAGAAGUGCUGCCAAGCCAGGUGACCUUGCAACUUACCAAUGGACUAAAAUAGACAAACGCCGAGUUGUGCAAUAAUUCUGAAUCAGAACCGCACAUUUAUUACAAUGAAACAGCCUAUUUUCAAAUUGCUGAACCAUCUCACUCCCGGGCUUAUCUGCUGGACAAAUUAGUGGCAUUAACAAUUAUCUCCGUUAUUAUUCAGACGGCAUCGUAGGUAGGGUCUCGCCUGUCUAACUGGGCAUAGAUUCUAAUUUCCUUCAUAUCACACCUUAAAACUGAUUAUUUACUCCAGAAACUUAUCGCGGACAAAACUUACCAGCUUGAUGGAAAGCUCUGCAGACACGGCAAGAGAAUCUUGACCUGCAAAGUGUUUCAAGGUAUAGAGAAUGUUUCCAUUUUUGACAAAAAAAAUAAUUUUUUGCUUUUCUAUGAGUGGUUUUUCUAAUAAGGCCUGUUUGCAAAAUUAUCAGUCAAUUUCAGUGGAGUGUUUCCGUGCAUUUAGUGGGAAAUAUGUGGCGACUGAGCCUUUCCUUUCCACACACCAAUUUCACGCAGUUAGUGGUCCUUCCAGACCACGAGAAGUUCGCCAUUACGAUGCAAGGUGAACCUUUCAGUCGGACCAGGUUAUGUAAGUAUUUUGCCCCACUAUUUUAUUUCAAUUAUAAAUAUACAUGUCACCUGAGCCUAAGGCACGCCACGACCUAUAGCAGUUAUUUUACAAGACUGUCUAAAGGAAGGCAGUACCAUGGUACAGUGUGCUGAAGACUUUCACUAAUAGUCGUCAAUAUGAUUAAUGUUGCACCGUAGACUCCUAUGACCAUACAUUGGUCUGAUGUAGCAUAUUACUCAUAUGGUUUAUGUAAAAGUUCCCUCUGCACCUAUCGGUUUUUGAGAUGUAAAUGAAAAAAAACAUGUUAACAACGCAAUCAUGCACCUACAAGGGGGCUUCGUGAACCACUGAUGAAAAAUAACCUGCGGAAUCUUUUUAAAACCCUGAAACUGCAAGUGACUAUGGCAGAUCUCUAGUUUGACUGAGGAUCUUGCAUAUCUGCAAGCAUGAUAUUGCUUAAGGCUGUUAUCAACGGCUAAUGAGCCGCAAAUCACCAUUCCAGUCUCUCUUGCCUUUGUCGCAAUUGCACUUCGUCAUUGCGGGUCGCCAUGCGACUACCUGUGAAGGCCCUGAAUUUAAUUCCAGGGCGCAUCUCGACAACCAUGCCCGUAACCUGAUCAAUGGACUCGAAUUUUUCCCACUGUAGAGUACCUUCAAAGACGUUAAAUGGUCGCCUUGCCUUAAAUCAUGAGCCUUUUUAAAAGCGGCCCUUCGUUUGAACUACCUUUUCAACAUUUUAGACCAAACAUUUUCUUUUCUGGACUCAAAACCCUUCUAUCAUGUAACUGAUGCCAAGAAAAGCACCCGGACUGUUAGGUGUGCCAUCAAAGUACCGGGAGAUCCCUUAGCGUUGAAGGUAUGGUAUCAAUGUGUUUUCCAAUUACCUUACACGUGAGUUUGUAAACUGUAAGCCAGCUGACUUUGGGAGCGGAAUCUGCACUGAGUGAACAAUGUUCAAAGUUAAACUCAUUAACCUUCUCGAAGGUGUGGUCGGCCAGUUGUGAUAAUUCGUCGCUUCGUCACAGAGUCAGCUUUUCCUCAUGUCUGCACGAUCCGAGCGUGCUCACAGUCUUACUAGCGUAGUUAUGAGGACCGUUUGUGUGUCGGAUGCGAUACAUUAAACAGGCCGCUCACUGAGAUUUUGUCUGUUUUUCACUUCCGUGACCUAGUUUCGCGUAGUAGCUUUAGACCUGAGCACAAAUCCGAAACCUAGCCCCGCAGCAAUAGGCUCAGUCGUCUCUGAGACGUUCUUUAUGUGCGGCAGAGUUUGCCAAUAUCUUUGUUGUUAUUUCCAGUAAGAUAUGGUUUGGUAGUCCAACCUGAUGGACACAAUGCUGUUGGGGUUUGGGUUAAGGGUUAGAGUUGGGAGUUAUGACUAGGGACUAGGGGUAGGGCUUUGGAUUAGGGGUUAUAGUUAGGGGUUAGGGCUAGGGAUAGGGAUAAGCGCAACUAUUUUUAACCGCUCAACGUACAGCCGCGCAUUCCCAACAGUUUUUCUUUUGCACACAACUCCUUGCCCUCUUUGUCUGUGAUUCUCCAGCUCCACCUUUAAAAAUCAUAUUAACAAUUGUCCCGUACUAGAGGUGACUGGGGUUUGUUUACUUCAGGUGGGGCCACCUAACCACAUCCGACCCUGUUUCCGCUUGAGUCCCCCGGGGUGACCACGAAGGCAUCAACUUAUAGACGCCUUCGGAUGACCAUCCAGUGUAAUUUUGUCACAGAAAUGCUGAGUAUCAGGAGCUUUAUCUUUCUGGUCGUUGCUGUGAGCAUGAGGCCGCUUGAAAUGUCCUCAUAUAAUCGGUUGAAAGCUACCAGAUUAAGAAUUAUGACCCUUAUCUGAAACUGUCUCUGGUGAUGGGUUUGAGUGAGAAUCAGAAACGUCAGCCUAGUAAACGUCUUGUUCCAGCGAUCGCAUCUUCUUCUUCCGAGUUAUUGGAUGGUCGCUGUGACAACUGAGAAACUUCAUGGUGUUCGUUUCCGUCCUGUAAACUCUAAACUCUGUUUUCGACUUGGGCCCUUCGCCUGACGAGCAGGCGCUGCUCCUCUCCUCCUUUCCUCGUUAAUAGUAUGCCUGAGGAUAUCAGACUAAGGCGGUUACGAAACGACUGCUGCACUACUGAGAGCAAUACCAUUGUGUCCAUGUGAAAAUUUUAGACAAGUAUAUGAUUUGCACUGUAGCCCUCAUUACAUAAAAUGAAUAACCGACCCAAAUAUAUACCAAACAUGUCCAAAUGAAUCUUUAUGGUAAACGUGAUUUGAAAUGCCAUGAAUGCUAACGUCUUCCUACUCUUCAAAACUACGCCACAAAGCUGGCAGUCUUCGUUGACGGAGUUAUUCAAUGCAGCUUGAGUCUACAAAAGGCGGAUCCCUGCGGUAUGUUGUAAUUGUCCGCUAUGACAUUUAAUUAAAAUCCCGUAGGUGGCGUCGUGUACGUACCCAAGUUGGAAAUGGUUUACGCAUCAGUUACGGUGAAAAAUAAAGCGGGCAAGUUGGGGUCACUCCACAGUGUGAUUUGUAAAAUUAACGGGACGUAUGGAGAGAAGUACAUCUCACACUACGUGAGCUUUGGAUCUAACGGUGAGUGCCUUCCACUUCGCUAAGGUAAUAGUUUAAAGUUCCUUUCUGAGCUCCUUUACAAUUCGCGCUUUUUCUAAUUUUUAGUUUACAUAACCUAA